AACAAAUGAAAGAAGAAACUUGAAUUGUUUAGAGUUUUCGGAUUUUUUUUUUCAUUUGAAUGAGGCUAGGCUUGAUUCCACACUCUUUGAUUCACCAACUAAUAAGAGUGGCAUUCCUUUUGGGAAGGAAUUAGUUGUAAGUGAAGAUGAAUCUAUAUCGUAUUGUUAGAGCUGUUAUUAAAAAUUCAGUUGGCUGCCAUGAAACAUGUGAGAAAUACCAACAACAACAACAUAGCUAAUGUAAUCCCACCAAUGGGGUCUGUGGGGGUUAGAAUGUAUGCACCUUACCCCUAACUAUGUGGGAGUAGAGAGACUGUAUUUGGUAGACACUCGGCUAAAAAAAUAAAUAAUCUAAGCAUGAUUGCGAGAAAAAUAUGAGAACAAAAUAGCAAGAUACAAAACAAAUGAAGCAACAAAUAGUAAUACAAAUUGAAGAAUAAGAGACUACGUCAUUACUAGAUAAUACCGCUAAUAAAGAGAAGAGGAAAGGAGGAGGCUAGCCCCCCCACAUCUCCCACGUUAAAUGUGAUAACACUCGGCUACUUACUAACCUUCUACUCUAAUCCUCGACCUCCAAACCUUCCUACAUGUCCUCAAUAAGUUCAAGUUGUGCAUGUCCUAUCUAAUCACCUUUCCAAGUUCUUUCUCGGCCCACCUCUGCCUAUAGAAAAUAAAUCUCGGAAAAGGAGUUCAUAUAACGGCAGAGGGUAAUAGCUGAUGAAAUUUGUCAGGAUAAGCUGAAGAAAGACAUAGAGAUUGCAGAAACAGAAGGUAAACAAUUGAAAAAAUUGGGAAAAUGCCGUUCAAGAAUGGGUAAGUUAGAAUGUCCUCCUGAUUGUAAUGGAGCUGAUGCAGAGGCUGAUCAUAAUGUUCAUGGGGUCCCUUCAUCUCGGGAAGAAAAAGUUAGCAGUCUUAAAACUGGCUUGAUACAUGUUGCGCGAAAAAUGCCAAAGAAUGCACAUGCACAUUUUGUACUUGGCUUGAUGUAUCAAAGGAUGGGUCAGCCUCAAAAGGCGAUUCUGGCAUAUGAGAAAUCGGAAGAAAUUUUAGUUCGCUCUGAGGAAGCAAUAGACAGGCCUGAGUUGCUUUCUUUAGUCCAGGUUCAUCAUGCACAGUGUAUUCUGCUUGGAACCUUGGAAGAUUGUAGUUCAGAUGAGGAAUUAGACCCUGAAGAGCUUGAAAAUAUUCUUGCUAAACUUAAGGAGGUUGUGAAAUCUGAUGUUAGGCAGGCAUCCAUUUGGAAUGCUCUUGGCAUAAUACUUCUUAGAUCUGGUCGUUUGCAGAGUGCUAUAUCAGUUUUCUCAACUUUGUUGGACAUUUCCCCAGACAACUUAGAUUGCCUCAGUAAUCUUGGAAUUGCUUGUCUCCAGAGUGGGAAUCUAGAGCUUUCUGAGAAGUGCUUCCAAGAUCUACUUAUAAAAGAUCAGAAUCAUCCCACUGCAUUAAUCAACUAUGCUGCCCUUAUCUUAUAUAAAUAUGGUUCACUAGUGGCAGUUUCAGGUGCGGGGGCAAAUACUCUUUAUGGAACUUCUGCAGAUCAAGUCACUGCAGCCAAUGUUGCCAAAGAGUGUUUACUAGCAGCUUUAAAAGCAGACUCGAAAGCGGCUCACAUUUGGACAAAUCUAGCUAAUGCUUAUUACUUGAUGGGUGAUCAUAGGAGCUCUGCAAAAUGCUUGGAAAAGGCAGGAAAAAUUGAUCCUAAUUGUUUAGCGACAAGAUAUGCGGUUGGAGUUCACCGCAUCAGGGAUGCAGAGAGGUCCCAGAAUCCCAAUGAGCAGCUCUCAUGGGCUGGUAUUGAGAUGGCCUCAAUACUAAGAGAAGGAGAUUCUACUUCGAUAGAGCCUCCAGUAGCAUGGGCUGGUCUCGCCAUGGUCCACAGGGCCCAACAUGAAAUUGUGGCAGGAUUUGAAGUUGAGCAUAAUGAAUUGGUGGAAGUCAAGGAGCAUGCUAUCUAUAGUCUAAAGCAGGCAAUAGCCGAAGAUCCUGCUGAUGCUGUUCAAUGGCAUCAGCUUGGCCUUCAUAGUCUGUGUACCCAACAAUUUAAGACGUCUCAAACGUACCUCAAAGCUGCAGUUGCACGCCGUAAGGACUGCACCUAUGCCUGGUCAAAUCUUGGUAUUUCACUGCAACUAUCCGAGGAGUCUUCUCAAGCUGAAUCGGUGUAUAAACAAGCAUUGUCACUAGCUACACCAAAACAAGCGCACACAAUAUUUUCAAACCUUGGAAAUCUCUAUCGGCAGCUAAAACAGUAUGAAUGUGCAAAGGCAAUGUUCAAUAAAUCACUUGAACUGCAACCUGGAUAUGCACCUGCUUUAAACAAUUUAGGUCUUGUAUAUGUUGCUGAAGGAAAGUGGAACGAAGCAAAGGACUCAUUCGACAAGGCAAUCCAGGCAGAUCCAUUGCUUGAUGCUGCCAAAUCCAACAUGAUUAAAGCUUCUAACAUGCUCAACAUGUAUACCAGCAUGUCAUGAUGUCUGCGAUUCGUUCUAUUAAAAAUUUGUCCCCCUGUAAUUAUUUAGGUGGCGGGAGAAAAAAAGAAGGGUAGAUCUUAAGAUUUGGUAAUAUCAGCUUUUUUGGAUUUUAGUUUGUUAAACUUAGCUCCUUCUGGAGUUUUAGCAAAGUAGAGAUUCUUUCCAAAAUACUGAUGUCUCCUGCUUUCUUCACUUCCGCCAUGACUAUAAUUCAUGCUAUAGAUGUGACAAGUGCACCAGCAGUGGCCUUCGUUCAAAUUUAACUUACUAGAGAAUUUGAAAAUUUAGUCCAAUUAAUCGUUGAUGACAGGGUUGUGGUCAACCUGGAUUUACCCUGCUUGAGAUGAUUGGAGCCUUCAUUGAUUUGAAGCAGUUCAAUUAUUUCAAUCUUGUAAGUUGUCGAAACCAUUGUCUCUUAAAACAAGGAAUGCCAUUUUUAGAAUUGCUGUCUUUUUCUUUUUCUGUAUGCAAAGUUUCUACAGACUGGAUAGAAAUGCCAAGUUCAAUAGCAAUGCCAACUUCUUGAGGGAAAAUCAUAUUCCAUUUCUAAAGGGUCUAUCUAAGGUUUGCAUGUGCUCUAUUGUCCUCUCUCCAGUGAAAUUAUAUUGAGUAUGGUGUUGUAGUUUCCAAUUUCAAGGGUUGAAAUUGUCAAGCAUAAUUUUAGACCCAAUAAUUCGAAGUAUAGACAUGUUAGAUACUUUAUAAUAUUUGACCUUAACAGUUCUAAUUGUACACUCGCCUUAUCAAAUUUAUCUUUUUUUGGUUCCAA